UUUUGCAGUACUCUUGUUAGCACUUUACUAAUAGUAAAAAUGGUUCUCGCGUUCCUAUCCAGCAUCGAUUAAACAACAAAAUGCAUCUGUAAUUGUGUUUUCUUGUGGAGUUCUCAUUUAACAGUUAAAACCAAACGAAACGUCCAUCUAAAUGUACCCUUGACCGAACACCGAAAAAAGGGCUCUAUAUAUCUCUUACUAGUAGUUGUUUUCUAGUCUUGGUAGAAAAACGAUCUGCUAGAAAGAAAAAAAAAAAAAAAAGAACCCAAAACGCACAAUCUUAAUUCCAAUGAAGAUAAAAGUAGUUCAUCGAAGUUCACCCCCAAAUCAAGAAGAUAAAUCCUACCCAGAUAUGCCCAAGAAGGAAGUUCUUGAUGAGGAACCUGAAAAUCAACAACUUGAGUUACCUGAUUCUGCAAUACCCAAAGACAAUUUGAGUCUUGUUGAUGCUUCCAUCCCAAUUAACUCCCUGAUUCCCUCUCCUUCCUUGCUGGGUAAAAGAAGAAGGAAGCCCAAGGAGAUAAUUGAUCAGAUUCCAACAAUUCCCUACAGGAAGAAGAGGGUAAUCAAGAAACAGGUCCAAUCCAACAAUGCAGUAGCUGAUGCUGGGUGUAAGUCAAUUAGCACCAAACAAGAGAGGGCUGCAGCUGAUGGUUCUGGAAGUGCUACCCAAAUGAAAUCAGCAGUCAUCAUUCGAGCAGAUGACCUACUGUCAAGUAUUGGAAAUGAAUAUCCCAGUUUCGUGAAAUUAUUAGUUAGAUCACAUGUUGGUAGUUGUUUUUGGAUGGGACUUCCUGUGCCAUUCUGCAAGAACCAUCUACCAAGAAAGGACACUCAAGUUAUUCUUGAAAGCGAGAAUGGCGAAGAAUUUGAAAUAAAAUACAUUGCUGAAAAGACUGGACUUAGUGCAGGAUGGAGAAAGUACGUUGUUGCUCACAAGUUGGUUGAGGGAGAUGCUUUAGUUUUUCAACUAGUUGAGCCUACUAGAUUCAAGGUCUAUGUCAUAAGAGCAAAUGAUCUAAAGGAGGUGGAUGGCGCUCUUAGCCUUCUAAAUUUGGAUGCACCCCUCAAGCAAAGUGAUGCAGAGGGAACUAAUGCUCAUAACAUAAAGAAGCGUCAAAAGAAAUCUCUUCCUUUAACUGUUGUGCAAAGGAGAAAGCGAAAGGCGGAUCUGAGUAGACAACUUGUUCCACUGGAGGCACAGUCGGGAAAUGACAGCGAUGAAGUUGCUUCAGAAAUUUUAGAGGGCUCGAAGUCCUUUGGACCUGCUGUUAAUUUUAGAGACAUUAAGAGCCUUGAGGAGUUCCACAUUCUGGUGAAUGGAUUAUGCAUAGACUCUGAACUUCCUGAACAUAUAAGGAGAAAGUACUACAAGUUAUGCUGCAGUAGAAGUUCUUUUCUUCAUGAUCGUCUUCUACAAGGCCUUCAUUGUAAGCUGGUUGCUGGUAUGAUAUUUGAGGUCAUCAACAUUGCCGAUAUGAUAAGAGCUUGCACUCUCACCACCCCACGGAAGGAAUUCGAUAUAUGGGAGAAGUCACUGAAAUCUUUUGAACUUCUGGGCAUGAAUGUUGGAUUUCUGAGGACUCGUCUGCGCUGGUUGCUGAGUCUUGCAUUUGACUCGGAAGGCGCUUCGGACACCAAGAGGUACUUGGAAGCUAAAAACGAGUGGUCUCGAGCUGAAGAUCAGAUACGGAAUCUUGAAACGAAACUUGAGGAACUGAAACAAGCUUCUGAAAAAUAUGGUGCUGAUGUUGAGGCUCUGAAAUCAAAAGCUGAGAGCUAUGAGCUUAUGUUCCAAGGAGAAGUCAAUGCUCCAUGGUAGACUUCUCUAUGUUUCUUCGUUAUUAUAUGGUGUAUGCAGCAAAUCAGAGAGAAGGUAGAAAGGGAGAAUGUUGUUAGUAUAUCCUAGUUUGUACUUAGUAGUAAAUAUCAAUCUGGAAGGGCAUGAUAAUUUUACUUUGACUGCUAAAUUCUGCUGUUAUUGUUAUGAAGUAUUAUGUAAGCCUGAAAGACCUAGCUAAAAAAUUUCAAAGACUGGCGUACAAGCAGUCUAGAUUCUAUGAUAGUUGUUUCAGUUU